AUGAAGAAACACUGGCUAAAACAGAUUUACCACAAUCAUGGGGACAACCAUGAAAAAGAAGUGAAGACAAGUAUAAAAAAGGAAAAAGGAUUUGAUUUAUUCCAUGCUAAAAAGCCAAGACUAGAUAUACCGGAUACUAGUAUUAAAUCAAUUAUUGAAAAUAAUGACUUAUUAGCAUUGCCAUGCUCUUUAAGUUAUAAUCUUAAAGCUGAAUUAAAAACUGAAAGUUAG